AUGUCUGACAACGGAGAAAUCGAGGUCGAGGCCGUCUCGGGCUACCAGGUCCUGCCCAAGGAUGUUGUCGCCGAGAUUGGCAGCAUCAAGCUCUUCAACAAGUGGAGCUAUGAGGACGUCGAGAUUCGCGACAUCUCAUUGACAGACUACAUCCAGAUCCGGUCACCGGUCUACAUCCCCCACUCGGCUGGCCGUUAUGCCGUCAAGCGCUUCCGCAAGGCCAACUGCCCCAUCAUUGAGCGUCUUACCAACUCUCUGAUGAUGCACGGCCGCAACAACGGCAAGAAGCUCAUGGCUGUCCGCAUUGUCGCACACGCCUUUGAGAUUAUCCACCUCAUGACCGACCAGAACCCCAUUCAGAUUGCCGUUGACGCCAUAGUCAACUGCGGCCCUCGCGAAGACAGCACCCGUAUCGGCAGCGCUGGAACCGUCCGUAGGCAAGCCGUCGAUGUUUCGCCUCUGCGCCGUGUCAACCAGGCCAUCUCCCUCCUGACCACUGGCGCCCGCGAGGCCUCCUUCCGCAACGUCAAGUCUAUUGCUGAGUGCUUGGCUGAGGAGCUGAUCAACGCCGCCAAGGGCAGCAGCAACUCGUACGCCAUCAAGAAGAAGGACGAGUUGGAGCGUGUGGCGAAGAGCAACCGUUAA